AUGAAGCUCUCAAAUAUUUUCACGUGGAUAAGUGCACAGGAUGAAGCCGCUGAUGAACAUGUCAGAAUUGUCAAUCUGCAGAGUUUGGUGCACAAAGAGGGGAACGAUUACGGUGCAAUGGAACAGCAGCUAACCGUACAAAUGGGAGACGAUAGUGGCAGUGACGAUGAGUCGCAUGCAUCAAGUAGUACUGCUACAAUCGGCCGAUUGUACAACUGGAUGGAUCCCGAGGCACGGGCGAGCAUGGUUGAUAGUGUCUUUAGCACCGUGCGUUCGGCCGAAGACUACGAGGUCGUCGAGGAGACCAACGAGUCCGAGCUGUACCGGAAAAGCAGCUCCCUCCAACGCGCCAUGCCCGAGAGGCUCUUUGCGCUGACGAUUACCCUACUCUUGGAGAUUCCUGUCCUGAUGAUGGUGUCUGGCGGAUCGGACGCAUUAUGCGGAUUGAUUGGUCGAUCCCGCUAUCAGCUUUUGAUUGGGUUUUUGCCCUUGACAAGUGCCAUUUCGGGCAAUGUUGGGCUUCAGGCAAGUACACUCACUACAAGAGCAAUCUCCCACUCGCACAUCACGGUGAAGGACUUUCGGUUGUGGUUGUGGACCGAAGUAGCGGCUGCGAUUUACCUUGGCACGAGCAUGGGUGCCAUGCUGGGAAGUAUUGCCUACGUUGCUAGCGGAUUCGACUUUGCCUUUGGAACUACCAUCUGCAUCUCGCAACUUUUGUCUGUGGUUACAGCAGGCCUUACAGGAACAGUAGCGCCACUGCUUUUCAGUUUCCUAUUCAAGCGUGAUAGUGGAAAAUGGGGAGGCCCCCUGGAGACUGCAAUCCAAGACAUUGUCGGUAGCUUUGCCAUGGUAAUUAUCAGUUACUACAUCCUCCUCGUACUUGGACCCGGACCGAUUGAUCCCAGUGAUGUCUGCGGCCCCCAACUGGUGGCAGACCUGUCAGCAGCAUAG